UUUCCAUUCUGGCGCGUUUCCGGACAGAACUGCGAAAAGCUCACGACCACCUCUCGCGAUAACAGUGCUUGCAAAAUGAAAGGAUUUCAUAAUUUGAAUUUACAAGCCAAAGCAGAUGAGUGCUUCCCUAUGAAGGGUGAUGGACAUGAUGUCGACAUCAAUAUUGGCACAAACUACAGCAAACCCAAGGAAUUACAUUGGCUGCUAAGACGCAUCUUCAUAUUGUCGUGGAUACGAAGCUAUGACCGAGAGAAGGCUGUUUCAGAUUUGAUAGCUGGCAUCACGCUGGGCAUGACCAUUAUUCCACAGAGUAUAGCUUAUGCAGCGCUGGCCGGUCUAUCUUCGGAAUAUGGUUUAUAUUCGGCAUUCAUAGGUUCCAUUAUUUAUGUGUUCUUUGGUACCAUAGCACAGGUCUCAAUUGGACCUACCAGUCUGAUGGCCAUUAUGGUAUUGCAGUUCUGCUCCGACAAGCCAGUUCAAUUUGUAAUAGUGUUGGCAUUUUUGGCAGGAUUAGUGGAGUUUUUAAUGGGUGUCCUACGUUUGGGUUUCAUUGUUAACUUCAUACCAACGCCGGUAACAAAAGCCUUCACCACGGGCACCUCACUUAUUGUCGCUUUGGCUCAGGUGAAGAAUCUGCUGGGUAUUAAACACAAGGGUAUACCAACACCGAAACAGUUUUUUGACAAGAUUGAAUUUGCCGAUGCUACUGUUGGCAUAGUCUGCAUGAUAGUGCUGCUCACUCUUAGGCAAUUAUCCAGCAUUAAAUUUAAAAAUAAAACUGAUACCACACGUCGCUUAAAGAAAGUGCUUUGGUACAUUAGCAUAUCUCGCAAUGCAUUGGUUGUCUUCACUUGCGGCCUCAUUGCGUUCUUGUGGAUCCGUAAGAGUUCUAUUGAAGCUGUGCCCUUUGCUCUAUCAUCUCCCGUUAGUUCAGGCUUACCGAAAUUGCAAUUGCCACCAUUUUCAUUUACAUAUGAGAAUAGAACAUAUGCCUUCAUCGAUGUAUGCCGUGAGCUAGGCAGUGCAAUUGUUGUGGUGCCCAUAGUAGCAGUUUUGGCCAAUGUUGCCAUUGCCAAGGCUUUUGUCAAGGAUGGCCAGUUGGAUGCAUCACAGGAAAUGUUAACCUUGGGAUUGUGUAACUUAGCUGGUUCAUUUUUCAGUGCCAUGCCCACAUGUGGGGCUUUCACACGUUCGGCUGUAAGCCAAGCAAGUGGCGUAAGAACGCCCAUGGCUGGUAUUUAUACGGGUAUUAUCGUCCUUUCUGCAUUAUCGAUUUUAACACCAUAUUUCCAAUAUAUACCAAAAUCAUCGUUAUCAGCUGUUCUAAUAGCUGCAGUCAUAUUUAUGGUUGAUUUUACUCCCAUCAUGACAUUGUGGAGGACCAGUAAGAAAGAUUUCUUCAGUUGGACCGGUUGUUUGGUAGUUUGUUUGGUUGCUGGUGUCGAAAUGGGUCUCUUGUACGGAAUUGUUCUAAAUAUGAUAUUUGUUAUCCUGAGGCUUGGCAAUCCCGAAAUUGAAGUGAAGCUGAAACAGUGUAACAAUAUCACUUAUGUUCAUAUUGAACCUCUUUCGGAUAUUUAUUUCUCUGGUGUGGAUUAUCUACGUACCGAAUUACGUGCCACAGCUGCUAUGUAUCGCUAUGACUUCCCUAUUGUUUUGGAUUGCUCCCGAUUUAUGCUGUUCGAUGCUACUUUCGUUGAUAUGAUUACGUCUACGGCCAAAGAACUUAAUGACCAACAAGUUCUGCUUAUCUUACAAUCUCUUAGUGGAAAAUACCAACCGCUGUUGCAAUCUAGCUCGAAUAUACAUUUUGCAAUCAAUCCCCUAACGGCAGAAGACUUUAAUGUGGCAACAAAUCAGACGGUGAUAGAGAAACUAAAAUGAAUCAUUCAUUGAAAUACUGAAAUGUAUCCAAUACGUCCUAAAAAUUUGUACUGAUAGGCUAAAGAUAUUAGUUUUUUUUUUAAUGCAUACAACAAUCUAUACUCAAAUUUAGCUCAAGUAUUUUUUGAAGAUGUUUAGCAAUGUACGACUAUUCAAUAGAAUGAAUAUACAUAGGCAAUUCCGUAAAGAGAGAGAAGGAUAUUUUUGUUAUCAAUAAAUAUGAUGAACCUUGAACUUGAAAGAAAACUCGAAGGUAGAAGAAAAUCAUGUGAGUAA